AUGCUAAGCAUAUUGAGGCGGUCAGUCUGCGUAAAUACUAGAAGUGCGCAAACACUAACUAGAGCUCUAAAUUAUCGUUUUACUAGAUCUUUUACUAAGUCCAGUUUAUUGUUGGAUGCCAAAAAAAACGAUGACAAACCUCAAUCAAUUUUAACUGAAGACCUUUUAGCAAAGGCUGGUAUAGACACAGAUGCGAAUGGUAAAGAGAACCAUGAAAAAACAGAAGAUGGCGAACAAGAGGCGCAACCUAAAGAUGGGAGCGGCAAGAAGAAGAGAAAGAGACAAACUUCCAGUGACAUAAAGAGGGAGCGCUAUGCAAAUUGGUUUUAUAUCUUCUCUCUAGCAGGAUUGGUUGGAACUGGUACUUAUAUGGCUAGAGACUGGGAAGUGGACGAACCUGAAGAAUGGAAGAAAGAAGUUGCUGAUGGAUAUACCCCAACAUUGAUGUACCAGAGAUUCAAGCUGCGCUUCAACUCAAUUUUCACGUAUUUCCAAGAGCCUCCUUUCCCUGACUUGUUGCCACCUCCACCUCCACCACCAUAUCAAAGACCUUUGACGCUUGUUCUAACAUUGGAAGAUUUCCUAGUCCAUUCCGAGUGGACCAAAGACCACGGCUGGAGAACUGCAAAGAGACCAGGUGCUGAUUACUUCUUGGGGUACUUGUCACAAUACUACGAGAUUGUGUUGUUUUCAUCUAAUUAUAUGAUGUACUCUGAUAAGAUCGCCGAAAAACUGGAUCCUAUUCAUGCCUUCAUUACCUACAAUUUAUUCAAGGAACACUGCCUUUACAAAGAUGGUGUGCACAUAAAGGACUUAUCAAAGCUGAACAGAGAUUUGGGCAAGACAUUGAUCAUUGACUGUGACCCUAACUCUUACAAACUCCAGCCAGAGAACGCUAUUCCCGUCAAGCCUUGGCAUGGUAAAGCAGACGAUGAGCUUUUGAGGUUGAUUCCCUUCCUAGAGUACUUGGCGACUCAACAGGUCAAUGAUGUGAGACCUAUUCUCAACAGUUUCCACGACAAGGCCAAGAUUCCAGAAGAAUUCGCACAUCGUGUUGACGUCCUGAAGCAAAAGUUCUAUAAGGAUCAGGAGGCUAAGGCAUCCAGUAAUUGGGCUCUUGCUGCCUUGGGAGCUGGAGCCCUAGGCUCCCAGAAGGCCAAGUUUCCCCUUGAUCUCAUCAGAGAAGAAGGUGAAAAGAACUACGUUCGUUUCAUGCAACUGAUUGAGGAGGAAAAGGAGAAAAUUAAGCUACAGCAACAGCAAAUGGGUGGCCAAACCUUCACCCUAAAGGAUUAUGUUGAGGGUAAUCUCCCAUCCCCAGAGGAGCAAAUCCAAAUGCAACUUGAAAAGCAAAAAGAGUUUGAUGCCCAGUACGAGCAGCAGAAAAAGCUUCAACAACCAGGCAAAUAA